AUGGUCGCCAUCGACGUCGCUCAAGCUUACGCCGAUGGACGAGUACCCACGAAUAUAUCCUACAUCACACCGGAUUAUCUGAGCGAGUCGCGCGACGGACCAGCGAUAGCAGGCAUACUGGCAAUCUAUAUCAUCACCACUGUUCUGCUCAUUUGUAGAUUCACCUCUCGAAUCUUCAUCGUGAAGAGCUUCGGACUCGACGACGGCAUCGCGGCAUUCUCCUGGAUCUGCUAUACGGCCUUCAUGGCUCUCUGUCUGGUCCUCAUCCGAGAGGGUAGUGGGCGACACAUCGAGUAUAUCCAAUAUGUGCUCACAAUGCCUGAGGUUGAGCAGACGGAGAUAGUCGACUACGCAGCCCAUCUGAUCUAUACAGCGACCUUAUAUUUCUGCCGGUUGAGCGGUCUCGCGUUCUUCUCACGCCUCUGCAGCACGCAUCCGACUUUCAGGAUCUCCAUCUGGGCUUGUGGGUUCUUUUUGACCGCAGCAUUCAUUGUACAGUUUCUUCUCAUCCUUCUCCACUGCCUUCCAGUCACUGGACUGUGGCCGUACGCAUGGCAAACAACAGACAGAACGUACAAAUGUCUCAACUGGGGUGUCGUCUACGUGACAAACUCAGGUCUGUCUCUGGUCAACGAUAUCGUCCUUUUCAGCAUACCAAUAGCCAUGAUCUCGAUAUUGCAACUUCCGAAGAGUCGUAAAGUCGUGUUGGCCAUUGUUAUGCUUCCAGGAACACUGGUCAUCGGAAUCUCAUGCGCACGUCUCUGGCUCUGCGUCGUCGGCCAAUGGCGAACAGAUGGCUCCUGGUACUACGACCCACAACUGGUCAUCGAGGUCGCAGAGAUUGGAGGCACCCUGAUCGCUUUGUCGGUACCUAGCUAUAAGCCAAUCUUGAGCAGGUGGUAUGGUCAGAUGAAGAGUACUGUCGGAGUCUCCCAUGGACCAAAUUCAAGAUACGGCGAAGGAGUGUCGAAUCGCAAGAGUUCCAUUCCGAUGCUCUGGGGUCCGCAAACAGUGGACUCGAAGUUGAAGACGUCCAUUCAGAGCGGCGGACAGACUACAGGGUCCAGAGCCUCGUCAGACAACAGUCUGAUUGAUCCAGACGACAACAUCUACGUGACGACAGACGUCGACAUGAGAUCGAUUCCGAUGGCCAGGUUGAGGAGAGACAGCGAGUAUCAAAUCCAGUAA